AUGGACGGGGGGGUGGGGGGGACCAACAGAAAAACACCAGAUCAGAAUGGAAGGAGGGAGGAAGGCACAUGGACUCCAGAGGAGAUGAAAUACGAGCACAUGGCCGAGGUCCUGGUGAAGUUGAACGAAAACAGACCAUCACAUGCAACCCCAGAAGAAGAGGAAGAAGAGGAGGAAGAAGAAGAAAGGGAGGAAGAGAAAAAGGAUGAAGAGGUGGAGAAAGAAGAGAAGGAGGAAGAUGAGGGAGAGGAAGAGGAGGAGGAAGAGGAGCCUCCUCCCUGAUGGAGACGAAGCCUCAGGAUCUACUGAUACUAAAACUCAUUCAACAGAAUUAAGGGGUUAAUGAUUGACAGAUGGGGGCUGGCACAGGGGGCGGGGUCGACCGACUGCCUUCACACCUGAUCGGAUCGACGAUCAAUAAUCUACAGACACUGAAAUGACACAGUGAGGGCAGAUUUAGUGGAGCUGACCCUGACCUUUGACCUGUGAACCCACUGGUGUGAUGGUCAUCAGUGUUUCUGAUACAUGUUCAUUUCAUGUGAUCUUUGGUUUCAACUUCUUCAACUGUUCAUGUUUGUGUGUCUUCAACAUGACCUGAACUCCAGCUGGACUCAAACUGAGGCUGUGGUCAUGAACGUCUGGAGGUUUUCAACACAGCGGAAGUGGAACAAUCAGCGAAGAAGAGACAAGAAGAAAACGAUCAAACAGGUGAAAGUGACACUUCAGCUCUGACGUUGGUAAAACUGAUGGAAACAGGAGGAAAACCAAAGACACACCUACAUCAAACCAACAGGUUCUUCAGAAACACUGAUGAUCACACACUGGAAAAACCAUCACAUCCACACGGAAAAGUGAGGAAGCACAGAGUUCAGGAUCAGUCCACCUCCACUUCCUGUUUUAGUUCAAUAGAAGAAAGGUUGAAUGUCUGUGUUUGGAUCAGAUCAGGGCUGCAGCAUCCAACAGCAGAACUAAACAGAACACAUUAAACUCAUCUGAUCCAAAAGACGAACCUGAAGAGGGAAGAAAUAAGACCAACUGAUGUCACAUCAAAUACCGACGAUGGAACGUAUGUCACAUCAAGCUUUGAAAGUUUUGGAAAAUCGGAGCAUAAAUAUACAUCUGAUCCAAAUUCAGUCUUACAUUUUACCCAUAAUUCCAUUCAA